CUGCUCAAGGCACAUCGCCUGCUCGACUUUGACAACAAACGCGCCUACUUCCGGACCAAGGUCAAGUCUGGCGAGGCCGGCGUUCAGACCGGCACACUAAGGCUGCACAUCCGGCGCGGCCACGCGUUCGAGGACUCCUUCUACCAGCUGCGCAUGCGCAGUCCGGCGGAGAUGAAGCACAAGCUGUCGGUGCUGUUCCAGGGCGAGGAGGGCGUGGACGCCGGCGGCGUCACGCGGGAGUGGUACCAGGUCAUGUCGCGCGAGAUGUUCAACCCCCAGUUCUCACUCUUUGCGCCGGUGCCGGAGGGGGGCACCACCUUCCAGCCCAACCCCUCUUCCGUGGUCCAGAACGACGAGGCGCGCGGCACCAACCACCUCGACUUCUUCAAGUUCGUGGGGCGCGUGGUCGGCAAGGCGCUGCACGAUGGCCAGUUCGUGGACGCGCACUUCACUCGCUCUUUCUACAAGCACAUGCUGGGCGAGCAGCUGACCUACCACGACAUCGAGGCCGUGGACCCCGACUUUUACAAGAACCUUACGUGA